CAAAAACCCAACGCAAACCACCUCCUCUGAAGCCUCUCGCCCAAUCUUCCCUCCAUCCCCUCUCUCUCCAUCUCUCCCAGAGCCUGUGUUUCCUUCUACUGCACUCUCUCAUCUGCUAAUUUCAAGAGUACCUUUCGUUUCUCAAGCUAACUUUAACUCGGGUUGUAGCUUUCAUUCCAUUCAGUCCUCAACUAAACCAGUGGUCAUCUAUUGCACCUCCUCCCUCUUGAAUAACACGCACGAGCAGCUAAGCAACAAGAGCCUUAGCCUUGUGUUUUUUUAUUUCCCCGAUGAAGUAAUCGUGUACAGGGUCAUUUCUUGGGGUCCUUCACAUAAAGCGGACAUCCACUUGGGGUUUUGGGAUGCACCAUUCUCUUCCUCUUCUCUCCUCCAUCGGAACAAGAGUACUAGAGAUCCCAAUUAAUUGCACAGCUCUCUAUAUAUUCUCAGUACAAAUACCAAAUCCACAGAUCUACAGCAAGUAUUGUAGCUGUACUAGUGCCCCCCCUCUCUCUAUCUCAUCUCAUCAGAUGAUGCAAUUCGGUGAGAGUGCACCACCACCCUCGCCACCAUUGAUCAACCUCAAUGGCCAAGGCCUGCGCCUGGACCUGACCGCACCUAAAGCCCCACUCCACCGUCCCCGUCCGUGGACUGGCUUCCCGAUCUCCGCCAAGUCCCUCGGCAGCUUCAACACCGGGAGCUGCAUGGAGCAGCUGCUGUUCCACUGCGCCAACGCCAUCGAGGUCAACGACGCCACCCUCGCGCAGCAGCUCAUAUGGGUCCUCCACAACAUCGCACCACCUGAUGGCGACUCCAACCAGCGCCUCACCGCCGCCUUCCUCCACGCCCUCAUCGCCCGCGCCUCCAAGACCGGCUCCUGCAAGAUGCUCGCCGUUGCUGCCGCUCGCGCUGACGCCGACCUUGCCCUCCACGCUCACCGCUUCUCCGCCGUCGACCUUGUGAGCUUUGUCGACCUCACUCCAUGGCACCGCUUUGGCUACUCAGCAGCCAACGCUGCCAUCACCGAAGCGGUCGAGGGUUUCCCCGUCAUCCACAUCGUCGACCUCAGCACGACGCACUGUAUGCAGAUCCCCACACUCAUCGAUCUACUAGCCAGCCGCCCCGAAGGCCCACCGAUCCUAAGGCUCACCAUCCCAAGCCCUGCAACAACCAUCACCACGCCGCCGCCGAUUCUAGACCUCUCUUAUGAUGAAUUGGGUGCAAAGCUGGUACAUUUUGCAAGGUCCAGGAACGUAGCUAUGGAAUUCAGAGUCAUCCCUUCGAAUCCAUGCGACGCAUUCGAUACCCUCAUCGAGCAAUUGAGAGUACAACAGUUAGUCUCCGACGGCAGCGAGGCCCUCAUUGUGAACUGUCAGAUGAUGCUGCAUUACAUCCCAGACGAGACCGCCGGUGCAAUCUCCUACACCAUGAGCAUGACCUCGUCGACUUCCCUUCGAUCAGCGUUCCUUAAGGUGCUGCGCAGUCUCCAGCCUGCCUUAGUUACGCUUGUGGAUGAAGACGCCGACUUCACGGCGAGCGACGUGGUUGGGAGGCUGAGAUCAGCAUUCAAUUAUCUGUGGAUACCAUAUGAUGCAGUGGAUACAUUCCUUCCAAAGGAGAGCGAGCAGCGGCGGUGGUACGAGGCCGGGGUGCGCUGGAAGAUAGAGAAUGUGAUAGCCCAUGAGGGCAUGCAGAGGGUGGAGCGGCUGGAGCCCAAGGGGAGGUGGGCACAGAGGAUGAGGGCGGCCGGGUUUCGAGGGGUGGGCUUCAGCGAGGAUGCGGUCGGGGAGGUGAAGGGGAUGCUCGAGGAGCACUCGGCAGGGUGGGGGCUGAAGAGGGAAGAGGAAGACUUCGUGCUCACUUGGAAGGGGCACAACGUCGUGUUUGCUACUGCUUGGGUACCUUCAUGAGUGCUAUAUGGCUCCUUUUCCCCCAAUCUCUGGAUACAAAGUUUCCAUUCUGCGCGCUGGCAAUUAGUGGGAGGAUACAAGUGCAAGCUUUCGGUUUCCAAAUUUCUACUUGGGGUUUCAUUCAGGCAAAGGUUUAUCUGAACACUUUAGGAUGACAUGAACCAUAAGCUAGUUUUCUGAGUCUCGUAAAACAAAAAUGAAAAAAGCCAGACCAUGCUAGUGCAUUUCGAGAUGGUAAAUAGCAUAUGUUCUUUGUUCUUCCCUUUAUUAGCUACUAUUGUAUACAAAAGUUUAUAAUUUCAUAUAUGUUCUUCUUUCCUUCA